CAUAUACAUACGCUUGCGCUCUCUCUCUUUCUUUUGACGGCCCGAGGCAGCCAGAAUUUGCCUCGUCGUGUUUUGUGGUGAUUUUUCGUUUCCAUUAAUUUAUAAAAAUGGGAUUCGUAAAAGUCGUAAAGAACAAGCAGUACUUCAAAAGAUUCCAAGUAAAGUUCAAGAGGCGUAGGGAAGGUAAAACCGAUUACUACGCCAGAAAACGUCUUAUUGUUCAAGACAAAAACAAAUAUAACACUCCCAAGUACCGUUUGGUGGUACGUCUGUCCAACAGAGACAUCACCUGCCAGGUUGCUUAUUCCAGAAUCGAAGGAGACAAAGUUGUAUGUGCUGCAUACUCACAUGAAUUACCCAGAUAUGGUGUAAAAGUUGGUUUAACAAACUACGCAGCUGCUUACUGUACUGGAUUAUUGUUGGCACGUCGUCUUCUCAAGCAAUUGGGAUUAGACAGCCUCUACCAAGGUGUUGAUGAGGUCAACGGUGAUGAAUACAACGUUGAAGGCGUUGAUGAUGGUCCAGGAGCUUUCAGGUGCAAUCUGGAUGUGGGUCUUAACAGAACCUCCACAGGAGCCCGAGUAUUCGCCGCCAUGAAGGGGGCCGUCGAUGGAGGCCUGAACAUACCCCACUCCACCAAGAGAUUCCCCGGUUACGACUCUGAGUCGAAAAGUUUCAAUGCCGAAGUACACCGCGACCACAUUUUCGGUAUUCACGUGAGGGACUACAUGAAAUCCUUGGAAGAGGAGGACCCAGAGGCUUUCAAGAGACAGUUUAGCCGAUACAUUAAGUUGGGAAUCAAUGCAGACCAGAUCGAGGGUAUCUACAAAAAUGCUCACGCCGCUAUCAGGGAGAACCCAGAGGUGGUGAAGAAAGACAGGAGUGCGGUACCGGCCAAAAAGAAGACUCUGCGCAGGAAACUCACCCUGGCAGAGCGCAAGGAUCGUGUGGCACAGAAAAAGAAGAGUUUCUUGGCCAAGCUGCAGGAAGAGCCCUAAAUCUAUUUAUAAAUGUGUUUUAUAAAAUAAACAUCCUAUAAUAAAUGUCCAUAAGUGUU